AUGGCUCCUACACAAGAACACCCCUCCACGGGCGACGAGGACAUAACCAUGGCAGAUGCCUCCGGGUAUCAGCCGUCUGAUGACGCAGAAGUGCACGAGGAUCAAGAUAUGAAGGAGUACCAGGAAACGCCUGACUACACGGAUUCCGAUACUAACCCAAAUACCACUGCGAGUAGCGUUGCUGGCGAUGCUGCUCAGGCAGAUGGCCGGAAGCGGAGGACGGAAGCGUUCCAGUUGCGCAAAAGCGUUCUAGGUAAAAAACAUGGACGUCUCGACGAGUCAAUGGAAGACGACUCAAUUCGACGAUUCCGCUAUCUGCUCGGAUUGACUGACUUGUUCCGCCACUUUAUCGACACCAACCCUAACCCGCGAAUUAAAGAGAUCAUGGCUGAAAUUGAUCGCCAAAAUGAAGCAGCAUCGAACUCGAGGAAAGGGGCUACGAGAAAGGGCGGCGCUGCCGGAGAACGCCGCCGAAGGACAGAACAAGAAGAAGACGCAGAGCUUUUGAAAGAUGAGAAACGAGGAGGAAAAACCGAGACUGUCUUUCAGCAGUCACCUUCCUUCGUCCGUGGUGGCGAGAUGCGUGAUUACCAAAUUGCUGGCCUGAACUGGCUUGUUUCACUCCAUGAGAAUGGUAUUUCAGGCAUAUUAGCCGACGAGAUGGGUCUUGGAAAGACGCUUCAAACAAUUUCCUUUUUGGGCUAUCUUCGACAUAUCUGUGGGAUCUCAGGACCUCACCUGGUCGCCGUCCCAAAGUCGACUUUGGACAACUGGAAACGAGAGUUUGGUAGAUGGACACCCGAUGUAAACGUCUUGGUCUUACAGGGAGCGAAGGAUGAACGACACCAACUCAUCAACGAGCGCCUCAUCGAUGAGAAAUUCGACGUAUGCAUCACCAGUUACGAGAUGAUUCUCAGGGAGAAGUCGCACUUGAAAAAAUUUGCUUGGGAGUACAUCAUUAUCGACGAGGCGCAUCGAAUCAAGAAUGAGGAGUCAUCCCUCUCACAGAUUAUUCGCGUGUUCAAGUCCCGAAACCGACUUUUAAUUACUGGAACUCCUCUACAGAACAACCUUCACGAACUCUGGGCUUUGCUGAACUUUCUACUUCCCGAUGUGUUUGGUGACUCUGAGGCUUUCGAUCAAUGGUUCUCCAACCAAGAGGCGGAUCAAGAUACAGUCGUCCAGCAGUUGCACAGGGUCUUGCGACCAUUUUUGCUGCGUCGAGUGAAGAGUGACGUCGAGAAGAGCUUGCUCCCAAAGAAGGAAUUAAAUCUUUAUAUCGGAAUGUCAGAGAUGCAAGUCAAGUGGUAUCAGAAAAUUCUUGAGAAAGAUAUCGAUGCUGUCAACGGUGCCCAAGGUAACCGAGAGUCCAAAACCAGACUCUUAAACAUUGUCAUGCAACUACGCAAAUGCUGCAACCAUCCUUACCUUUUCGAAGGCGCAGAGCCUGGGCCUCCAUAUACGACUGACGAGCAUCUUAUUGAUAACGCCGGAAAGAUGGUAAUUCUCGACAAGCUGCUCAGUCGUUUGUUUAAACAAGGCAGCCGAGUCUUGAUAUUUUCUCAAAUGAGCCGUGUCCUUGACAUAUUAGAGGAUUAUUGCGUAUUCAGAGGACACGAAUACUGUCGAAUUGAUGGCUCAACCGCUCACGAAGACCGUAUCCAGGCGAUUGACGAGUACAACCGUCCAGGCUCUGAGAAAUUCGUCUUUCUGCUCACCACACGUGCUGGUGGACUGGGUAUCAACCUUACCUCCGCCGAUAUUGUCAUUCUCUUUGAUAGUGACUGGAAUCCUCAAGCCGAUCUGCAAGCUAUGGACCGAGCACAUCGAAUUGGUCAGACCAAGCAAGUGGUUGUUUUCAGAUUCAUCACUGAAAAUGCGAUUGAAGAAAAGGUGCUGGAACGAGCAGCCCAAAAGCUUCGAUUGGACCAGCUCGUCAUUCAACAGGGCCGCGCGCAACAACAGGCUAAAAAUGCGGCUUCCAAGGAUGAAUUGCUCAGCAUGAUCCAGCACGGUGCCUCCGAUGUAUUUAGUUCCACAGGGGGCACUUUCGGCAGUGGCAAGGAUAUCUCCGAAGACGACAUUGAACGUAUCUUGAAGAAGGGCGAGGAGCGUACCGCUGAGCUCAAAAACAAAUACGAGAAGCUCGGAAUUGAUGACCUUCAAAAGUUCACCUCCGAAAACGCCUAUGAAUGGAAUGGAAAAGAUUUCACGAACCGCAAGAAGGACAUCGGCUUAACUUGGAUCAACCCUGCUAAGCGAGAGCGAAAGGAUCAGUCGUACACUAUCGGCAGCUUCUACAAACAGACCUUUACAAAGCCUUCGGAGCCAAAGGUUAAGGUACCCAGGGCACCAAAGCAGACUACCAUUCACGACUGGCAAUUCUUCCCACCUAAACUCCAGGAGCUACAAGAGAAAGAGACUGCCUAUUUCCACAAAGAGAUUGGUUACAAAGCUGCCCUCGCGGAGGGCCCUGAAGAAGGUCUCAGUGAUAGAGAGGCAGAACGUGAACUUGAGCAGCAGGAAAUUGACAGCGCAGUUCCCCUUACUGCGGAGGAGCAAGAAGAGAAGGCCAGACUAUCUACGCAAGGAUUCUCCAACUGGAACAGACGAGAUUUCCAGCAGUUCAUUAACGGCUCUGCUAAAUUUGGACGCACCAGCUACGAAGAAAUGGCCACCGAAGUCGACAGCAAAACCCCAGAAGAGAUCAAGGAAUAUGCCAAAGCCUUCUGGAAACGAUACACUGAGAUCCUUGAUUACCCGAAAUACAUCCGUGUUAUCGAACAGGGCGAGGAGAAGAUGAGGAAAAUGAACCAGCAGCGAAAGCUCCUUCACAAGAAGAUGGAACAAUAUCGUGUACCUCUCCAACAGUUGAAGGUCAACUACACUGUGUCCACUACCAACAAGAAAGUAUACACGGAAGAAGAGGACAGGUUCUUACUCGUUAUGCUUGACCGACAUGGUGUCGAUGGUGAGGGUUUAUACGAAAAGAUUCGUGACGAGAUUCGCGAUAGCCCUCUUUUCCGAUUCGAUUGGUUCUUCCUCUCCAGAACGCCUGUUGAGAUUGGUCGACGAUGCACCACUUUGCUAAACACUGUUGCAAAGGAGUUUGAAGGCGAUGGGAAGACGUCCAAUGGUGAUAGCAAGUCUAAAGCCCGUGAUCGGGAUGAAGAGGUAGAAAAUGGUGAAGUUAGUGGCCCGGCAAAGAAGAAGUCCAAAAAUGCUGCAGUGAACAAAAAGCUCAAAGCAGUUCAGUCAUCAAGCAAAGCAACGUCAACCAACACAUCUAGAGCAGGAAGCGUCUCGUCAUCAGGCCCGGCUUCCAAGAGCAAAUCAAAGAAACGAUAG